CCGGAACUACUGUGUGGAUCGGUAACGUUAGCUGCUGAAGACAGGCUGCGUGUUUCUGUCAUUUCCAGCUUAUUAAACCCAUACAGACAGUUAUUGUGUCAUAUUUACUGUAGAUUCCUUCACAUCUUCAGACUAAUGCAACACAACAUCGCUGAUUGUUCCUAGCUGCUGUUAGCUGCCGUCAUCUUGCUGAGGACAGGUCUCACAUGAGGUUGCUCUCUGUCCACUGAAGGGAUGGCCAGUCCAAAUGAUCUACAAUUCCAAGAGUUUGAGGAAGCUGCAGAGCUGCUGUCUGCAGACCCAGGCGCCUCCACACUCAGCAUACCUGCCACUAACUCCCCCACCUCAGCAUCUGGAGGAGGAGAGGAUGUAAAACUGGACCUAUCGGAGGAUGAGGAGGGUCACGAGGAGAGCUCAGAGCUCUUAGGAGGACAGAAACCAGGUGGCAGCUUCUGGACCUUUGAGUACUAUCAGUCUUUCUUUAAUGUGGACACGAUGCAGGUACUGGACAGAGUAAAGGGGUCAGUAAUGCCGCUACCUGGAAGAAACUUUAUUAAACACCACCUUCGGAGUAACCCAGAUCUGUACGGUCCGUUCUGGAUUUGUGUGACGCUGGUGUUCUCGGUGGUGAUCAGUGGGAACCUCUCCACCUUCCUCAGUAAGAAAGGAGACCCUAACUACCACUACAGGCCACAGUUCCACAGAGUCACCAUAGCUGCAGUCGUGAUCUUCAUGUAUGCCUGGCUGGUGCCCGUUGGUUUAUGGGGUUUCCUGAAAUGGAGACAAAGCACCGAGAGGCAGAUUGGAGGUUAUUCCAUCCUGGAGACUGUGUGUGUUUACGGCUACUCCCUGUUCAUCUACAUCCCCACCUCAGUUUUGUGGAUCAUUCCAUACGAGUGGGUGCACUGGACGCUGAUCCUGGUUGCCAUGGUGAUCUCCGGCUCGGUCCUCGUCCUCACCUUCUGGCCCGUCGUCCGCGACGACACCAGGGUGAUGGCGGUGGCCACGGUGGCGACCAUCGUGGUUCUGCACACGCUGCUGGCCGUCGGCUGUAAGCUCUACUUCUUCCAGACAGCAGACCCCGUACAGAAACCUACGACUCCUCCUCCGAUUCAUGUAACACUGAACACCACCAAACCCCACUGACCCAUCUAGAGCAGGGACGGAAGAAGUGAAGGCCGUCUGAUAGAUCUGGAUUAAAAACUAAAAACCAAGUACAUUCUUUCUGAGGCGAUGUUGAUUAUUGCCGUGGUGUGAGUGCUAGUCUGCUUCCUUGAUGAAGCGCUGGGUGGGUGAGUGUGUGGCUCUAAUUUAUCCUGAGGUGGUUCAAUGCUGACUGAAUGAACCACGUUUCUACUGUGACGUUUCAGAAUGUAUUGCAUCCUAAAGGUCUGGCAUGACUUCCUGAACACUGAAGAAACGCAAGUUAAAAAGCAGAACAAGAAGGCAAGAACGUCAUUAAACCAUUCCUAGUUAGAUAAAUCCAUUGUUGGUUUGGUACAGAAGGUUCCGAUCCAAGAAAGUGAUGAGAAAGCAUCUAGACCAGGGGUGUCCAACAUGCGGCCCGUGGGCCAAAACUGGUCCUCCAAUCCGGUCCUCAAAGCGUCAAAUUUUCAGAGAAGACAUUAACUGCAGAUUGUAAAUUAGUAAAACUAUAAAUUUAAAACAAUUUCUAGACCAUGACAAGUUGUUUGGAUCAGAAAGUGAAAUACUAGGUUGUUCAUUGUUCUUUUUGUCAUUUUGUCUCGUUUUUGUAACAUUUUGUCUUGUUUUUUGUUUUUUGUCUGACUUUUGUCGUUUGUCUCAUGUUUUUGUCAUUUUGUGUUUCCUUUUUGUCUCACUUGUGUUUUUUUCUUAUUUUGUGUUUUGGUUUAUUUGUUGUUUUGUGCAUCGUUUGCGUCAUUUAGUGUUUUUUGUCUCGCUUGUGUUGUCUACUUUUUUGUCAUUUUAUUUCUCGCUUUUGUCAUUUUUGGUCUCAUUUUUGUAAUUUUUUGUCAAAUUUUUGUCAUUUGUCUAUUUUUUUUCUCUUUGUUACUUUUUUGUCAAAUUUUUUGUCUCUUUUUGUUUUGUGUCUCAUUUUUGUAAUUUUGCAUUUCAUUUUUUAAAUAUUUUUUCUAUCUUUUGAUCAUAAAGUAAAAUCCUGUCAUUCAGUUCCAGAUACCUGCAACUAAAUGUUGUGUUCCUUUGUAGACACUCUGUGAUCUGGAAGUUGUAAUGUGGAAAUUAUAAACUGAGGCUGAAUGUUGCUGAAAUUGAAUUUAUUUUUCUUCAGAAAUUUCAGGUUGUUCAGGAUGUUUUGUAAAAAGAUAAUUCCUUUAAUGUGACCAUAUUCAGAAUGGUUUUUUUUUUUUUUUGCACUAAAACAAAGGAACCAUUAGGAGUUGUGGUUAUUUAUAGGUUAUUCUGCUGUGGUUUUACUGGUCCGGUCCACUGGAGAUCAAACUGGGCUGAAUGUGGAACCUGGAAUAAGAUGAGUUUGACAUCCCUGGUCUAGUUUGAACACUGUGCACCUCCCCUCUAAAUCUGCUGAAACUAAAAUGCUUGUGGCUUGUUGUGACCAAAGCAGCGCAAACUCAGUUCUGUAGACAGUAAAAUGCAGCAUGUUCUGUAUCCAAUUGUUAUUACUUUAAUUAACUGUACAGUUUAUAAACAGGAAACUGGAUCCUGAACCCGGUAGAGAAAGGAAAACACUCCAAGUUGACAGACGUUUUUGGUGAGCUGUAAGUUCUAGAUAUCCACAGCAAGUCCACAAUGGUGUAAAAGUUGCUCAAAAUGACUCAGAAUUUGUCCAAAAUGACUGAAAAGUGGUUUGAAAUUACUUAAAAUUGGUCCAAAAUGGUUGAAAACUUGCCCAAAAUGACUCAAAAUCUGUCCAAAAUAAAAAGUGAUUAAAAAUUACUUAAAAUUGGUCCAAAACGGUUUAAAAGUUUCUGUAAAUUCUGGAUAUCCACAGCAGGUCUCUCCCAGCAGAGGAAUCAUCACAUGAACGUUCAGUUUGUAAUCCUAAAUCAUCGUUUAUAGUUACAGAUUGGAUGGACUGUGUUAUGUAGGUGUUAGGUCUGUGACAACAGAAGGCGUCCUGGACACACUCCUUUGGUUCCUUCAUUCCCUAAAGGUUGAAGGAGCGUUUCUUUUCUUAGCUAGCUCUUUAUUUAUGAAGUGAAAGCAAUAUGUGGUGUUAGUUUUUUUAUGUAAUCACGUGUAGAGAGCGCCCCCUGCUGGGAUGGAGCUGUUGUGCCAAUUAGAGAUCUAGAAUUACCUUCGUUUGUGUGUGUUGAUGGUGAAUUUGCCAAAACACACACUAAGAAAGAGUCACCUUGGAGUGCUGCCCUGGUUUUUACAGUUUAGAAAAUAGUAGAAAACUGAUAAAUUAUGGCUAUCACAGCUUCUCAAAGCCCAAAGUGACCUCUUCAGGUUACUUACCAAAAGACGUUUGAUUCACAAUUAAUUUACUGCAGAAGUCAAAGAAAAACAUGAUGUUUUAUUAUUCUAGAUUUUAAGGUCUAUACACCUCAUUGGGCUCCUGUUAUCAUUAAAAAAUCAAAGAUGUAAACAUUAGCAAUAGUUCUCACAGGAAGUAGAAUUUGCCAUCAUUCAUUUUAUUAUUUUUUGCUGCACUUUUUCCAUUUUCACAUCAUGUUGGUCAAAAUGUAACCCGAGGAGGUCAAGUGUGGGAAAACUGUUCACUAAUAUACAAUAAUAUCUGUGUCUUUCCCUGGCGUGUAAAGCGUUACUUUAGUGCGACACGUCAAAAUGGCUUGUUGCAGAAAGUCAAGGUCACCUCAUGACAAACUCUAGUGAUCCUCUAAACGCUCAUCUAACACCAGAACACGUCAAAUCAUCCAGUACUUCCCUCCAAAACAAAAACAUGGCUACUAACCCUAGUUCCAAUGAACAUGGUAACGUUUUACCUGCUAAACAUCAGCAUGUUCUCCUUCUGUUAGCAUGCUGACAUCAUUCAUGGAGCUGCUAGCAUGACUGUAGAUGCUUCCUCGAUUAACAACAUAAGCAUUAAACAAUGCAUCAAUAUUUAAUCAUUUCCAUUCAGCGAAACCUCAGUCUCAGAUAUGCAUAAAGCAGAACCUGCUGCUCAACAUAUCUAUAGACAAGGAUCAGCAUAAAAUUGGUCUAAAAUGGUUUAAAGUAACCAAAAUGACUCAGAAUGUGUCCAAAAUGACAAAAAGUAGUCCAAAAUCACUAAAAAGUGGUUCAAAAUUACUUAAAAUUGGUCCAAAAUGGUUUAAAAGUUGCCCAAAAUAACUUAGAAUUUGUUGAAAAUUACAAAAACUGGUCCAAAAUCACUAUAAGCAUUAAACAAUGCAUCAAUAUUUAAUCAUUUCCAUUUAGUGAAACCUCAAUCUGAGAUAUGCAUGAAGCAGAACAAGCCACUCAACAUAUCUAUAAAACAGGAUAGAAAGUUCUGCGGUGUUUCCUCCUAACAACUCAUUCUGUCACGUGUGAAGGAAGCCAUCCCAGACUGUGGAGAACAGGAACGAACUGAAACUGGAAAGGGACUCAUCGCCUUCCUAAACCUUCCUGAAUGGCUUCAGUUGCUUCUUUGAACAGAUGAUCUAUUGUAAAGUGAGGAAAAGGUUUAUGUCUACAGAACUAUUUAUUCUCUGCUGUGAUGCGAGUUAGAGUGUUUGUUAAUAAAACUUAGAAUCUUU